AUGACGCUGAACGCGAGUGACUUGGAGAAUCUGGCCUCGAUGCUGGACAGCAACCGUGCCUUUCAGCGUCCAGAGGGCCAGGUCACGGGUUUCAGCCUCGAGGAGCACGCAUCGCCGACCGGUUGCGCAGGGUGCGCCUCUAGCAGUGCAGUGGUGGCCUCAGCUAAUGAUCCUGGCGGGGCUUCCUUGCAACCGCAGGGGAACCCGGCCGGCAUUGCACUGCCACCGACAGCGGUGGAUCACCAACUGAGGCUACCGCAACCGUCACACGGCAAGGAGGCAGAACGAAAGAAACAGCUGGCCCAACCCGCACGCCCGAGCGGGGACGAGAUCUGGACGCAGGCGGAGCUGGCGACUCUGUUUAUGCGGCAACGGAGAGACGGGCCGGCCGCCGCGGCACGUGCGGCAGCGCAGCAGGCGAGUCUGCAAUCAGCAGAUGGGCAGUCGCGCGCGGCAACAUUCUGGCGACCUAGCCCCUCUGACGCUGGCACCUUCGAGGAGCCCGUGCACACGGUGCUGUAUCAGCAGAACGUCUCUGCCGAGGAUGUCUACCUCGGCGUCGACUUCACGCGCGAUGCUUCGAGUGCCGCGAGUGAUGGCGUCACGGUGCGCGUGGAGCUGCCGCGAGUGACGUCCGUAUCUGAGAUUGCGAUGGAAGUUGACGCAUACGAGUUGCGGGUUUCGGUGACUGGGGUCUACUACCUGGCUGCGCCUCUGCCACGCCGGGUGCAGAAAACAGCGGCGGAUGCGGCGUGGGAUGCGCAGAAAAAGGUGCUGACGGUGCGUCUCAAGGCUGACAGAAGCAGCGACAGCGACGUGAAAAUCGUCGCGUAG